UGUACCCUAACGCACUGUGUGGAAAUAUAGUUUUGAAAGUAUAUGUAACAGUUAUAUGACCCGUGUCAAAUACUGCAGGAAAACACAUAAUGGUCUGUAGUAAAGAUUUAUCUGCAGUCCUUCGACAGAACAUUAUGAUGACCAUGCAAAGGCAUGCGGUGGAAGCAGUUUCUACUUUUGUUAGUUUUUUUUUUUCUUUCUAAAUCUUUACUUUGAAGGUAAUUACCGGAAGCUACCCCUUUUAACUACAAACCGCUUGAUGGUGGUCUUUUUUUUCACAAACUGGGAUUUAGGAAUGUGGAGACCAGCGGCUACUUCACCCACAAAUCGCCCGGGGUACCGACUGUGGAAAACUUUUCCGAAGGCUGUGAAUUAGCAACACAAACCCUCUGGGACGCUUUUCUCUGUCUCCAUGGUAACGUGGCGAACGCCCAGCCUCGGCGUCGUCGCGUUGAGCUGCCUGUGAGGGGGGGGGCGGACCCGAAGCAGAGCGACGGGUGCUCGAUAGCUCCCUACCGGCAGAGGCUGCAUCGGUCGCGCAAUGCCGUUUCACAACGGAGCGUACUACCCAUACACCAGCGACACCCAGGGGGCCCGCUCAUCGGCCGGCACCCCAUCCCUGCUGAACUCCCCGCCCAUCAUGACUCCGUCCAGCGGCGCCUCUGUCUCGCUCCCGUUCAAGUUCCGCCUGCGCCGGGAGAGUGUGGACUGGCGGCGGAUCAACGCCGUGGACAUAGACCUGGUGGUGAGCCAGCUGGACCUGGACGCCCUGCAGGAGCACAUCGGCAGCGUGACCUUCUGCAGCCUGGACGGGGAGCGGUGCCAGCGGUGCCAGAGCCCCGUGGACCCGGCUCUCGUCAAGCUCCUGCGGCUGGCCCAGCUCACGGUGGAGUGGCUCCUCCACUGUCAGGAGUUCCUCGCUCACAACGUGCGUGUGGCGGAGGAGAGGCUGGCGGCCGCUGGCAGGGAGCGCGAGCAGCUGCUGGCUCAGCAGAAGGCGCAGGAGGAGAAGGCGAAGGCGCUGACCGCCGAGCUCAAGCAGAGGAAGAAAUUCAUCCGCACCCAGCAGUCCAUGCUCGCGCCACAAAUCGCCAGCGGACAGAAGUGCCUUCAUUGUGAUAAAUCCUUCCUCAAUUCCUCGUUCCUCCAGAAUCACAUGCAGCGGCGCCACCCAGACGAGUACGAGAUCGCAGAGUUUCGCUCGGACAGAGAGAAGAAAUCCCAGAUCGAAGUCCUCAAAUCGGAGAUCAGCGGCCUGAAAGAGCAGAUUGUUCAGCAGCAGCUGGACUUGCAGGCCAAAGCAGUUCAGGAGAAGGAGCAUAAAGAUCGGCUGAGAGAACUGGACUGCUUCAAGGCCGAGGAGAUGGCGCGCAUGGACCGAAAGAUAGAGGACAGCAGGGACAGCAUACGCAGGGAGAUGGAGUUUCUCUACACCCGAAAUAUUCAGGCUCUCAACGAAGUUAAUCAGAAUCAGACAGCUAAACAUGAGAAACCAGCCAGCCCGGUUCACUUGCAGCCACAGAGGGACCUGGACAACUACAGAGAGACACAAGUCGUACAGAAGCUGGAACAGCAACUGAAGAAACAGGAGAAAAAGUGGGGAUCCAGGCAGCAAGAGUUGAACGCCCAACACGAGUCUGAGAAGAACCAGCUGCUGGACAAGUUAAGCAGAAUGCAGUCGUCCUUGUCCGAGCAGCAGGAGAGCAGCCGGCGGCUAGAGCAGGAGAUGAGCAGGAUGGGCAGGAGGCUACAGGAGCAGGAGCACACCAUCAAGGCUCAGUGGGAGCAGAUACGGAAUAUCUCCUCGAUUCCACCCACCAAAGUAGUGGAAGUGCCAGUCAUUCACAGCGCGCCCGCUCCAGAGCCCAAACCCAAGAGAGUUGUGCUCGAGGAGCCGGUCUCUGCUCCUAAGCUGGAUCCUAUACAGGAGAUGUCAGAAGAGGAGAAAGACUCGAGCAGCUUCUCUGAGAAGAGGCCAGUGGAGAAGAGGUCCGGGCCUACACCGGAGAAAAAACAGAGGGCUCUGAAAAAGAACCCUAACAUCAAGAAGGAGAUACGGGCAGAUCUGGAGCAGGCCGUCAUCAAGAAGCUGGAGAACCUGGGAGUCAAGUCUGACCAGACUAGUCUGAAGGACAAAGAGCUCAGCUCCAUCCUGGCCAUGAUGCACUUAAAGCGAGAGAGCGUCGCAAGGGGGAUGCCCGACUACUGGCGCCAACGGAAGGAGAUCGCCAGCGCCGCAGAGGAGACGCUGGCCCAUCAGAGGAGAGGCAGCGACCCGGCUCCCGAGUCGCAGACCAGACCCAAAACGGUUCAAGUGAUGCAGAUCCGCCCCCGAUCCAGCAGCCUGCCCUCCAGAGCGACCCAGGUAGUGUCCAGACCCGCCAUCAAACAGCCCAAGACCCCCCAGCCGGCACCGAGAGUCAGGGCCACCGUCCAGCCCAAGACCUCCACGCCCAAGACCGUAAACUCCAAGACCCCCCCUUUCAGCUCGGAUGAGGAAUCUGAAGAAAAGGACACGGAUAUCGAGGAGGAACAUCGCCAUAAAUCUCAGAGGGGCAAAUCGCCUCAACCCAGACUCAACCAGGUCCAAAUCCGAGCAAGCAAAACCAGUCCUGUCCAGUCCAGGCAGGCUCAAGCCAGGCAGUCCUUCACCUCCGGCCCUCAGCAGGACUGGGGCCCAGUGGGCAAUGCCACGAAGACGGCAGUCACCAAGAUGGAGAGCGACGAGGACGAGUGGUCGGAGGUCAGCGAGCUGCAGGAAAUCGACCCGAAGCGUCUCCAGAGUUUCAAAGACCAGAACGGUAACGUGGACAAGAGGAACUUUGGGAAAGAAAACAAAAUCAACGACCUGGCUAGAAAAGUGGAGAAGCAGUUCUCAGAGAGAGCAAUAAAGAAACCAGCAGGGGGCAUCAGCAUCUUACCGGAGAGGAAGGAUGAGGUCCAGGAGCUUACGUUCACAGACCUGGAGGAGAGCAGUGAAUGGGCGGUGUCCUCGUUAGAAGACAGACGGGAAACGGCCAAACCGUUGAGGAAGAGCUUGGACUCGCCCAGCACCAGCGUGUGGGGAACUUCCACCGGGAAAGGUGUCAAAUCAGGUCUGACUGGCGGCGAAACAGGAAGCACCCUGAAGAGCAGCAUGUGCUCCCUCAGCGACAUCAGUGACUCCGAGGACAUAAGCAAUAAGUAACCGCAAGGUGACGUAGCAAGCACAGACGCAAAGACCUCAAUAAACCCAUGUGAAACCUCCAGCCCGAGUUUGCAGAGUCAUUCUGCCGGAAUACAGAGCGAGCAAUACUUAAUACGUUUGUGUCGAAAGAGAAAACCAUCUUCUAAAUAUGAUAGUUGGUGACACCUUUUAGCCUGGUGCCAAUGCUUUGAUUGCCUUAGGCCUUUUAACCAUUUAACUUUUUACAUUUUUCUCCACCUGGUAUAUAUUCAUUGAAAUAUACUCCAAACAAGAUGCUGUAUGUAGUAUGUGUCAAAUUUUAUACACCAAAUUGUGUAUUGCCUUCACAUGUGAAAUUGAGCAAUGAUGUCAUUUUUGUAUAAUAGAUAUAUUUAUACAAGCAAUAAAAUCUAUUUCUAUGUGGAAUCAACUUGAAAGAUUCCGGGAAACGAGUUGUCACGGUUCUU